GAUCAAAUUCAUUAAAUGAAUUUGUUAUUUCUGAUAAUUUAAAAAAAACUUUAGAUGGCUCAGACUUCUUAAUCAAAGAUUCAGUUAUUAGUAGUAAAAGAAUUUUACUUUUUACUACACAAUUAUAUACGAUUCAUAGGUUUGUUGGAGGGGAUAACUUAGUAGACUUUAGUGAAGACCAUGAUAUUCAUUUACAACCUGAAUUUGUUUUGACGGAUUUUGAGCUUGCUUCUAUAAAUGCAUUACAAAAAGUUCAAGCUGCUCAUCUAGCUGAUCGGUAUGGAGAUGAUGAAGAUUUUAGUAUAGAAAUUCACAAAAUUCCUACACUUGCUUUUCUGCUUUCAGAUGAAAUCUCUAAUGCUUUUAAUGAGUUAAAAGGCAAUAUCAAUAUUCUAGAGAAAGCAAAUUCAAUUAUUGAAUA